GAUGCGAGCCAGCUCGAGCUCUCAUUCACGAAGAUGCGACUCAGCAGCAACACUUUGCGGACAGUACGUAACCCACCCGAAUGAAUUCAACCAGUGUCAACCUGCUUUAAACGACACUUAACCAGCACUAUGCGCACAUCUGUAGUCACGCGCACAUCUGUAGUCACGCGCACAUGUGCAAAGUUGUGGGCUUGAACUAAACGCCACUGACUGAACACCGUUCGAUUCAACUUUCCUUAUGGGAUUGUGUCAGCAAACAUGAAGAGCACUUUCAGAGGCUCGGGUUUGCGGUCAGCGGAGUCUCUGUAGGCGUUAUAUAGGAUAUUUAAGUCAGAAGGAUGCUGGUGGGAAAUGCCUGGAGACAGAGAGGAUGAGAUUUGUGGAAAGGCGCUGGAGCUGCUGACCGACCUCUGCUCGAGAGGAGAAGUGCAGGAUGACAACUGUUUGGAUUUCACAUACUAUUUUCGCGACCUGGGGAGACCGAGAUAUUCAGACUCGGAUGUGUCUAUAAGCCUGCUGUCCCUCUUGGUGACAACAUGUGGCCUCGCGCUAUUCGCCGUCUCCCUCUUCGUGUCAUGGAAGCUGUUCUGGGUCCCAUGGCGCGAUCGCUUCCUGCCCGGUCUAAAGGACCACCAGGGAGAACAGCAGCCCGUCCUGACCGAGGUGGAAGGUCUGGAGCGGGAAUAUAGCGAAGACUUUGAGAAAGAUCCUUCCGCCCCAAUGGUGCUUCCAGAGUCGUCCAUGAAGAUCAGUCAUACGUCCCCGGACAUCCACCUGGAGGCCCAGUGUAAGGCCAGGGAGCUCAAUCACAUCCACGUAGCUCGCGUACAGCGACAAAUAACCGAGCCGACCUCAUCUGUCAGGCACAAUUCCAUCCGGAGACAAAUGAAUGUCUCCAACCCUGAUUUCAACAUGGCCCAGUUCCAGAGACAGGAGUCCAUAACGGGUCCGGGCCUGGGCAGCAUUAAGCCUGAGCUGUACAAGCAGCGUUCUGUCGACGCGGAUGACGGCAGGCGAGCGGACAGCUGCGGUCGUCUGCAUUUCAUCAUCAAAUACGACUGUGAUUUAGAGCAGCUCAUCGUGAAGAUCCAUAAGGCCCAAGAUCUACCUGCCAAGGACUUUACCGGAACGUCCGACCCGUAUGUAAAGAUCUACCUUCUCCCGGACCGCAAAACCAAACAUCAGACCAAGGUGCACCGCAAGACUCUAAACCCCAUCUUCGACGAGGUUUUUCUAUUUCCUGUGGAGUACGCCGAGCUGCCCACCCGCAAGCUACACUUCAGCGUGUAUGACUUUGACCGCUUCUCACGUCACGAUGUCAUUGGCCAAGUGGUGGUGGACAACUUCCUGGACUUACCGGACUUUCCGCAGGAAACCAGGCUGUGCAGGGAUAUCGUUUAUGUUAGUGCGGAUAAUGUGGACCUGGGAGAGCUGAUGUUCUCUCUUUGUUACUUGCCAACCGCCGGCCGACUGACUAUAACCAUAAUUAAAGCCAGAAAUCUUAAAGCCAUGGACAUCACAGGAGCGUCCGAUCCUUACGUAAAGGUUUCUCUGAUGUGUGACGGCCGGAGACUGAAGAAAAGGAAAACGUCGACGAAGAGGAACACUCUUAAUCCGGUCUAUAAUGAAGCCAUUGUUUUUGACGUUCCACCUGAGAACAUUGACCAAAUAAGUCUUCUAAUAGCAGUAAUGGACUAUGAUCGUGUUGGUCACAAUGAGAUUAUUGGCGUGUGCCAUGUGGGAAACAGAGCUCAGAGUUUGGGACGCGACCACUGGAAUGAGAUGCUGACAUAUCCGCGUAAACCCAUCGCCCGCUGGCACCCGCUCAUAGAGUGGGUUGGCCAGAGCACGGCCGGUGGAAACCAAGGCUCCUGGAACUCCCUGAGGACGCCUCCUUCCCCAUAAUGGAUACCGUGGAGUUUCAGCCAUGGCAAAGUCCAGUUCACAACAUCAAUGAAAAGGCGAGAGAGAGGCAUUUCUGUUAAAGGUCACUUUAAAUGUGUGCAAUGCAGUAAACACCCAGGACUUUUUAGAAAUGAGAUUUCCUGGAUAGGAGAGUGUCAAGUCCACUGCAUGUGAAGUUGACCGUUCGUGAGCAGUGUUUGUUUUUAAAAUGAGCCUUGAACAUUGUUCUGCUUUGGUUAAGAACUUUAGUUGAGCGGUAAGUAUUUUUGACAUCGUCGCAUUUUAUGUAUCGGUAUAACACGUUGUAAUAACACUUGUAAUAACACUUGUUUUAAGUGUAGUGCAUGAGGUCUAUUUUGUGGAAUUUUAUUGUUCAAUCUUACUGUAUAAAAUAAAUAAGAAAUACAAGGC